AUGUGGUGUGGGGAGUUUAGUAAUUGGGAGCUGCUGUUCUACAUGAAGCUUCAACAACCGCCUGAAGAUCCUACCAAGCUUUUGGGUGCAAGUUUGAGUGCAUCUACACCUUCUGCGAAACUCUCAACGACAAAAGCGAAAAAUGCGGAAGUUUUGAGCAAUGCCGGGGCACCGCAAAACCUGAUUAUCUGUGGUUGUAUAAAUACUAGACAUCUACGAGGGCCUACAAGUUCUGGCGCCUCCACAAGCGGUGAACUCCAGGCUGAGCGCUGCUGUGUCGUUGACCAUGGAAUUCGAUCCAGUAGCGAUCAAGUCUUUCCUUACCUUCCUCAUGUCACUCGGACUAAUAACCAGGGACCGAUAGCAAUCCUUGUGCAUGAAUAUGUUAUCACAUUCGUCGAAGAAGUCGACAGGAUGUGGUAUCCGACAUUUCACCGCCCACGGAUGAGCUGGAAUUGGGCGUCGUUCUUCUUCUAUCUCAAUCGAUAUCUCGUUUUGUUCGGCCAUGGACCUGUCGUAAUGGAAUUGUUCUGGACAGCAUCAAAUUACUACGACAAAUUGCAACUGCCAUGCUCUCCGAGUAUACCAUCAAUGUUUGGUGAUCGUCAUUCAAGUCACCAUUUCCUUCGCAGAGUCUUGGCCCUGUUGGCUGGACUCGGCAUGGGGGCCAUUGCAUUUGCUUGUAAGUGGUCGGCUAUUGACGGGAAGGAUCGUGUUCCAGAGGUCGAUCUAAUCCUUCCUGUGGGUUCCUCAAUGGUUUCAAUGACGCACCUUCCCGAUUUUAGGGCGAUCCGCGUUGGAGCUGCCUGGGGGGGCAUGCUGAUCUUCGACACUGUCGUUUUCGGCAUGACUCUUUGGAAGUCCCUCACCCUACGGUCAAAAGAGCAAGAUCUGAUCAGUGUACUGCUACGCGAUGCUCGCAGGGACUCAUGCUGA